AUGUCCCACUGCCACGACGAGCACCACGACCACGGCGGCCACAGCCACGGCAGCGGCGGCCACGACGAGCACGACCACUCAGACGACAUCACGCCCGCGCUGCAGCACUCGCUGUACGGCCACAUCAACUUUGACGAGGUGACGGCCCUCAACGAGGCGCAGAUUGGCAGCGCGCAGGCCGUCGUCAAGAAGACCUGGGCCGAGAGGCUCGACGCCGAGCCCGAGGUCGUGAGCGAUGCUGAUGAGCAGUUGUUGGUGAAUGUUCCCUUCACCGGCCAAGUCAAACUCCACGCCCUCCUCCUCCGCACCUCAGACUCCCCCUCCGCGCCCCGCACCCUCAAAGUCUUCAUCAACCGCGACGACCUCGACUUCUCCUCGGCGGAAGAAGCGUCCCCAACGCAGGAAUUCGAGCUCUCGCGCACGGGACAGGUCCAAGAGAUCCCCGUCAAGCGAAGCCUCUUUGGCCGCGUCCAGCGCCUGACGCUCUUCUUCGAGGACAAUUUCGGUGACGGUGAAGAGGACGAGACGAGGGUGUCCUACCUGGGAUUCAAAGGCGAGUGGAUGCAGCUCGGACGAGCGCCGGCGAAUAUCCUGUACGAGGCGGCGGCGAAUCCGAGUGAUCAUAAAGUCAAGGGGACGGGGAUCAAUGAUGUCGGGAGCGGGAUUGGAGGACGACAGUAG